CGCUCAUGUACAUCUGCUGCGGUGAGAUAGACCGAGGGGGCGCUAGCUGUUCACGCAAUACACGUUGGCCUCGCAGUUUGGGUGAAGGGCAGAACAGUAUUAUUCAGUAUCGGAGCCAGCCAUAAUACGAGAGGAGGAAAUCAAGGCAAUCACACAAUUAUCUAGAACAAAGUUCCGGGCUUGGGCGAUUCAUCACGGUCAUCUUUAGGAAUCUCAACCUUGUACUGGACACGGUCGAGGACUUCAGAUAGCUACAAUUGUCCAGGAUGAGGUUCGAUACCGGAAGUGGGGCUCUGCUACUGUUGCUGUUAUGUCUGCCUGGGUUCCAGGCCGCCAGGGUUCUUUUCCUGUUCUUCCCUUCAUUCAGUCACAUCCGGGGAACUCUGAAUGUGGCAACGGAGCUGGCUUCACGUGGUCACGUGAUAUGGAAUGCUUUGUCAACCGAACUAGCCAAUCACAAGGGCAUGCAAGCACCGGGCGUCAACAUCCUCAAAUACGAGUCGGUAGAUGAUUAUGACAUAGAAACUGAGAUGGUCCAAAAGACAAUAAGAGGUUACUUUGAAGAAAACUCCGCUCCCCUUCUCCCUGAGGAAUUUAGAAAACUAAGUGACAAGAUAUUACGAGACAAGAAGUUGUUCUCUCGAAUUGCAGACCUAAAGUUUGAUUUGAUUGUGUUUGAUUCAACCCCGCUACCUAGAAUGUUAACCAUCAUAGCCUACAAGCUGGACAUCCCUUUCAUCUUUAUUGGAUCGACACUGGAACCUCAAAUCACCCGUACACCCUUUAUUCCAUCUGCCACACCACACAUUCGGUCUCAAUGGACGCCUAACAUGGACUUUAGGUCACGUGUAAUUAAUACAAUCAUGAUGAUGACGUAUGUAUUUGUUUAUGACCCGUUCUCUGAUUACAUGCCUGUUGCAACCUAUGCCCCGGACAAGCCUUACAUCUCCAUGGAUUCUUUGGCAGCUAAAGCAUGGCUUUGGCUCAUUGAGCAGGAACCGUUUAUGGACUAUCCAAGUGCUACUCUGCCAAACGUUAAGAAGAUUGGCUCGUUAACCACAAAGAAACCGGAACCGCUCCCAGACAAAUACCGGAAUUUUCUGAAUGAAGCCAAGGACGGUGUGGUUAUUGUCUCAUUUGGGAGUAAUGUAAAAGAAAUUCCAGAUGAAAUCUUUGGCCGUCUUCUGGAAUCGUUUUCGCGAACUAAAUACAGGUUCGUUUUUAAGUCAGAAAAACAAGUAAAUGUUGGACCUGAUAUCCUUUUAACGGAUUGGAUGCCACAGUCGGAUCUUCUCGCCCAUCCGAACACAAGACUUUUCAUAACCCACUGUGGGGCUAAUGGUCAGAACGAGGCAUUCUUGCAGGGUGUUCCCAUGAUAGGUUUUCCAAUGUUUGCUGAGCAGCCUUAUAAUGCCAAGAAGUUAGGUUAUUUUGGAUUUGGUAUGGCGAUGGAUUUGAACACGUUCACUGUUGAUGAUUUGGUAUUCAAUAUCAAUGAGGUGAUCCAGAAUUCUUCGUAUUCACGGAAAAUCAAGAAAGCUGCCGAAAUCACCAAGCUCCGGGAAAGAAGUCCCAAAGAUGAAGCUGUUUACUGGAUAGAACAUGUUCUCAAAUAUGGCGGCGCCCAUCUAAGGUCGUAUUGUCAGGACAUGCCGCUGUAUCAGUAUUUGUGUCUGGACGUCAUCGGGCUUGUCCUGCUCAUCCUCCAUUUAUUCUCCAUCGUUCGGUUUUAG